GGAUUCGGACACGGGGCAACGCAGUUACCAAGCGCAGCGGUUACUGGGCGGGGGUCUGUGCCUCAGUGUUCCCCCAGACCAGGAGGGGACCCAGCCAGGCGGUCCUGGAGGCCGUCCUGGCGUGCUGAGCCCCCAUCAUGGGGGCACCGGAGUCCCUGGUUGAUGGGUGGAGGCGGGGGGCCGUGGCCAGGUCCGGAAAACCCUCCCGCAGCCAUGGCGCUGGUGAAGAGCGGUUGGCUUUGGCGGCAGAGCUCCAUCCUGCGCCGCUGGAAGAGAAACUGGUUCGUCCUCUACCUGGACGGCAGCUUGGUUUACUACCACGACGAGACGCAGCGUGACAUGGAUGGCCGGAUCCACAUCAAAUACAGCUGCCGGGAUGUGAGGACCGGCCGCGAGUGCAGAGACGUGCAGCCACCCGAGGGAAAGAGCCGCGACUGCCUGCUGACCAUCGUGCUGCGGGACGGCUCCAAGACAACGCUGUGCGCCGAGAGCGAGGAUGACGCCGUCGCUUGGAAGAUGGCCGUGCUGGAGGCUAAAUCCACCCCGGUGCACGUCUACGACCCCUACGACGAUGACUACUACCAGACGGUGCCCCUCGACUCCCACCAGACCGCUUACAUCAGCUCCGGACACUACGGCCACCAGUACGGAGCUCCUGGGGUGACCCACGUCAUCGUGCGCGAGGAUCCCUACCGGGUCUCCGGGGACCAGAUGGCCUUGGGGCUGCUGGCGGGGGCCGCCACCGGUGCUGCCCUGGGCUCCUUCAUGUGGAUGCCGUGCUGGUUUUAGCAGCCCCGCACUCUCCUUCUGCCCAAAACCGGGCCACCAGCCCCCCUGACACGGCUCCUUUUGCCUCCCCAGCCCAGUUUAACUCACCCCUGGCUUGGUACCCGCCAUGAGCCACCCUCAGCCUCCCGAAACCAGCCUGCUUGCCACCCUGCACCCUGGGGACAGACAUCCAGCCCUGAACCCAUCCCAUAUCCUCCUGUCAGCUCCGUCUUUUGCAUUAAAUAACCCUCAUGUGCUUCAGAGACCCCCCAAAAACCUACCCUAAAACCCCCACAGUGUCUGAUUCCCGUCCACAAAGGGUCUGAGGAGCUGCCGGGGCCAUUGGCAGAGGGGAGGGCGCAGCGUCCCAGCCCCAAAACCUGGCUCAAUUCCCCACCCCAAAAUCUCUGCAGGAAACUGGCUGCAGAAAUACCUGGUUUUUUGGACCGAGGGGGAGAGCCGGUGCUGCUCCAAACAGCUCUUUUGGGGAGAUGGCUGGGGUUUUUUUGCAGCCCCAGCUUUAAAGCCCAGAGCAGAGCUGCUUUGUAGGGGCUUUUUUUUGGGGGGGGGGGGGGGGAGGGUGGGUUCCAGCACAGGAGCAAGCGCUGACGCAAGAGGCAACCCCAGGGAUGCUCAAGAGACAGGUUAGAUUAAAAAAUGAGGAGGAUGAAAACCUUUGCAGGAUUUCCACCCCCUUCCAGCCUCGCACCGGGUCCCCUGGGCCUGGCCAAGCUGGAGAAAGGGUGUGAACCCCCCCCAGGAAUUGAGGCUAAACCCCUGGAAAUUGGGACUAGACCCUGGGAAUUGGGCUGGGAAUAUCACAGCUUCCCCAAGCCGAGCAGCAGUCACUGCAGGAGGGACACGCAGCAUCUUUGAGUUUCACCUUGGUUUUUGGGAGGGGGAGAAAUCACUUGGGGACAAGGGCAGCUCUCCCUGGGGACCAGGGACCCUUUCUGGCAGCCCAGCUGGGGUCUCUGAAGCAGGGAUUUGGGAUUGAGGGGCAGACACAGUCCCUCUGGGUGGCCCUGAGGCCAGGGGACAAGUGGCAGCUGAUGUUUUUGUGCGGCGUUGGGCAGCACCAGGCAGACGUUGAGGGAAAGUGCAGAGGCGCAGCUGCCGAGCAUCGCCCUUAGAGGCACCACUUUAUCCUGGAGACACCAUCAAUACUGAACAAAUUCAAGAAUUACAAAGAAAAACCACAGAUAAAUAACAAAAAACGCCAGUGACACCAGCGCCCCGGCUCGCUCUUGCCAUUAAAGCUCCGGAUCAGUUUGUCCCUGUGCCUGACAGGGACUCGGAAUGUCCCAAAACACCAUCCUCAUCCUCCCCUGGCCUCCCUCGCCUCCACUGCUGCUGCAAACCCGCUUCCGUCAACUGCAUCGAUUUUUGGAGAGAAAAAAAGGAGAAAAAAAAAAAAAAAAAAAAAAAAAAA